AUGACCAUCUCCCAGCUGAAGGCAGAGCUAGAAAAGGGACCUCAGGAGGCAGCCGUGUACACCCAGCAGAUCCACCAACUCCAGAGCUCUCUGAACAACCUGCAGCAACAGAUCCAGGUAACACACAAUUCCACACACACACUUUCACACAACUAAUACUUCCCCUCCCAUAGUUUAAUCGAUGCUCCAUCAGUCCAUGUCACCACCAUCACAAAUUCAGGGUAUUGACCUCCCGUUAAGACACUUAGUUUGACACCUUAAUUUGACACCUUUACAAUCCUAACAACAGAUGAAACACUAACACUUGCGCUUCCACCUAUGGAUGUGCCAACCGAAAUAGCAAUAGACACUAAGUCCCCAAUUUACGGUGACUGCAGUCAUUUUAACGUGCCAUACCGACUGCCCCUCGCUAAAACGUGGUAGCCUUGCAAGGCCAUUCUCUAAGUAUCUUAACCCAGCCUCCGCACGUACCACCCUCUCCAUCUCAAUGCUCUGCUGUCACCAGCCUGUGAUGAGCUUUCAUUGGCAACUUCACAUGUUGACAAAACACGCAUGCACACACACAACCACAGGCCUAUAAUUAAACCAGCCGGGGGUUAAUCUCUGCCAUACCCCUGCCAUGGCAACCUGUCACUUUGGGCUGAAAUAUACAAUUGCAGGUAACCGCAGCGAUGUGCCCGGUGGGGCUUUCAGCUUUAAGGGCUGUUGUUUGGGUUGCCAGAUAGGAAUUAAAGCCCCAAAAAUGUAAAUGUAAAUGUCCGGCGUGUUGGUCGUGCUGCCGACACAGCUGCUCUCUGUUCCCCAAGUAAGUGUCUGGGAGAGAGGGGGGAUUAGGGAGCUGGAAGGUAGCCCACCACAGAACCCCCACUCAGGCUCACUUGAAAAAGAGAUGUAAAUCUCAAUUUGACUUCCUUGGUUAAAUAAAAGAUAAAAAAAUUACGUGAUUUUCCGGUGGCAUGCAUUGAAACGUGUGACUUUCUUGUGGCUUUCUUUUACAAUAUAACUCUGAAAUAAGAUACUUAUUUUCAGUUAAUUGUCAACAUAUAACACCAUAUUAAGGUGUGGGAUGUUCACUGUAUUACAAGGAACAACUAGCAGGUGUAUUUUUCUCCAGCACCUAGCAUAAUCUGUCCGUUCACAAUUCACCUGUGGGGAAAAUGGCGUCUCAACACCCGAAAACAGAAGGAGUUGGCCGGUACUGUCCAAGAGAUUGUUCGUGAGGAAAUUACCUCUCCCCUCAACUUGCAAUUAAAACCGGUAAAUUAAUCUCUUGCACUGCUCACUUCUAAAGUGGAUACCUACUCAACUAAAGUGGAACAUUUGGAGACAGCAGCCAAUGUGACAGAGGGGCGACUCCAUGACCUGGAAAUAGCAUGAAAUAAGAUGGUCAUCUAUCUCCUAAAAAAGGCAACAGAAUCACUCAAAUAGUUAAUGGAAAUUCAAUGUGCGGGUCACAGGACUGGAAACUGGUGUGGACAUGGGAACCCAACUUCCUUAAUGAGCAGUCUUUUCUAUGAACUGUUUGGGCUGGAGAAGCUGGGUCCCAUGCCACUGAUAAACAUUGUGCACCGCACGUGUCCUCUCCACAACGAAUCUCUGUGUAUGAUUGUACGAAUCCACAGUUUUGUAGUCAGACGGCGAACUGCUGAAACAGAGGGCGACCUACAAGGUGUGAUCCCAGCUACACAAGCUAAACCUGAGAUGCGGCUUCAUCCACCCGACAAAACUCAAACCUUCCAGAAUACAACACACACACUUUCCACUGCCAAGGAGACUCAAGACCUCAAAAAGCACAUCAAGGCCAACACACAAGGGGACGAACUGACAGAUCUAUGCUAACCCCAAUUUGACUGGCUCAAUAUUCAGGUACGCUUUCCAUGCACAAUCACACAUUCUAGCCUAUGACUAUGAUGCUGCCCACAGCUUAAGACAAUGAUGAAGACACCCCCUCAAUUGGGUAAAAGGAACACUUUAUUAUUGCUAAACAUUGGACUUAUUAUUAUAUUGCCUAUGGUCCAGGCCAUUUAGACAAUGAUGACGCCACACUUAUGAAUAAAAAAUUACCAAUAUAUUGAAGUGUCAUACAGACUGGGGCUGCUUCCUUGUGGGGCUACAGCGCAUUGCUUCCCUAUGCUCUAAAUAUGGCAAUAUAAAUUGGAAGCUAUUCCCCUACAAUUGUUAUUGUACUACUGUUUAGGAUAGAUGGCCAGUCCCAUAUGGGCUACCACACAAUUCCUUAAUAUUUUUAUGUUGAUUGCUGUCCCCCUCCAUUUACGCUAAUGACUUUAUUUGUUUAAUGUCAUUUAAACCAUAUUGCUAAUAAUAAUGAAUCAAGAGCUUUUUCUCCUACAGCCAUCCUAUUUGACUGUUUAGGCUUGCAUACCAGUUAUAUUUAGCCAACUUUUUUCCUUUUCUGUCUUUUUUUUCUUCAUUAGCCACCCUAACUCAUCAAGUAUGCAAACUAAAAUGUAAAGGUCUGAAAAUUGUUACUUAUUUUGUUUAAUUUAAUUUAUUUUUGAAUACCUUAAAGACCCCCCCCAAAAAAAUAUGCUGCUUAACACUAGAACCGCCAUAGGCCAACGGCCACUGACGUUUUGAUUUUGUGAAUAAAUAAAUAAAAUUGCAAAAAAAUUUAAAUAAUUCCUGCUCCUUCCCUAAAUGUUUGUAUUUUACACUGCUUAUUUGUUAGAAUUUUUAAAUCACAAACAGAAAAGUAUUUAGAGCCUUGAUACCUGUAAAAAUAAGCUGUUUUGGGACAGUUUUAUUUACUAUAAAUCUAUUACUAAUUUUAAUUUAUUGUAAGGGAAAUGAAAACAUGCUACAUGUUGCGGUAGGUCUUUUAGAAUAAUGCAAAACAUAUCCUUGACUCUAUCCAGCGACGCAAACGAUACCAGACUACUGAAUGAAUGACAAAUGUAUGGAAUGGGCGAUAAUUGUGCAAGUUACUUCACAAUCAAAUUGAAAUGAGGCCUAACUGAAUGAUGAGGGUGAAGAGGUUGAUUUUAAUUUAGAACAACAGUGUAAUGAUGAGUUUGUUAUGCCUAUUUAUCAGCGUUGGCGCUCAUGUUAAUAAUUUGACUGCGUUGAUAUCAUUGUAUCUGACGUUUUACAGGACUGUUUUAUUUACUGUAACUCUAUUACUAAUCAGAUUUAUUGUAAGGGGAAACAAAAACAUGCUAUGUGUUGCAAUAGGCCUUAAGAAUAAUACAAAACAUAUCCUUGACUCUAUCCAAGUUGAUAAGCGGGAAACAAAUGAUGCCAGUCAGCCUGCACAGCCGGCCCAUUGAAACUACACCUAAACUAUACCAAAACUAAUUUCACACAGAAUGAGUUAGCCUAUAGACAAGAUAAAAUUGGCAAUAUUCUGAUGAGUGACAAUAUUAGGUUUGUCAGUUGUCAAAUUGUACAUGAAGAGAUGGGUGCAUCUUGUAAUUUACAGAUGGAGGGAAAAGAGCAUCUCUUUAUCAAAUCAUCCUUCAGAGUCACAUGCAGUAAAAUAUUUAGAUUUCUAUAUAGUAUCAGAAAUAGCAUAUUCUGCAGUUUCUAUGACACUUACAUUUGUCAAAUAACUUUCAAAAUUCCAAAUGUAACUUUUUCCAAGAAUAUGUGUGCUGUCCAUGCAUUCAGCACAUGACCACUCGCGUGGCAGCAUUGCUCUGGCUAUUAAGCAAAAGCUGGUAACAUAAUACAAUUAAAAUUAAAAUAUGCUAUUCUGUCGUCAAUGGAUGAAUGGGCAAUAGAAAGCAGUUAGAAACUGAUAAUGGUGCAUGUGACUUCAAUGAACUGAAUGAUGAGGGUGAAGAGGAGGAUUUGAAUUUGAUUUGAUCUGAAUGAUGAGGGUGAAGAUGAUUGAAUUUAGAACAGUAGUGUAAUGAUGAAGAAUUGUGGGCGGUCUAAUUAUUUUAUUAUGAAAGGCUGGAAAUGGUAUACAAUUUCCCCUCAGAAUCAAAUCAGACACGGAGUCUCCUGAGUGGCGCAGUGGUCUAAGGCACUGCAUCGCAGUGCUAGCUGUGCCACUAGAGAUCCUGGUUCGAAACCCGGGCUCUGUCGUAGCCGGCCGCGACCGGGAGACCCAUGGGGCGGCGCACAAUUGGCCCAGCGUCGUCCAGGGUAGGGGAGGGAAUGGCCGGCAGGGAUGUAGCGCAGUUGGUAGAGCAUGGCGUUUGCAACGCCAGGGUUGUGGGUUCGAUUCCCACGGGGGGCCAGUAUGAAUUUAUUUUAUUAAAAAUAAUGUAUGCACUCACUAACUGUAAGUCGCUCUGGAUAAGAGCGUCUGCUAAAUGACUAAAAUGUAAAAUGAGUACAACAUACAAUGUGUGUAGUUCACAAUGGCAAGCUGAACCAAACGAAUGGACGCACUGACAGCAUUGCAAAUGCUGCAGAAUUUAGAUGAGUUGGAAUCGGAUGGAGGAUCAGAUAUUGAGCUUGAAAUCGACAUUGCCGAUGAAGGGUCUUCAUCUGAUUCUGAUGUUGACUUUGAGCCUCUGCCGCAGAAAAACCAGAACAGAGCCAACUGCCACGGUGAGACAAGAGUCCGGGAGGGAUGGCACGGUUUGGGAAGAAAAGAGUGACGAAUUUAUGUGACAUCAGAGAUUGUACUGUUGCUCAUGCACACAGAAAAGGAAACAGUGUGGGAUAUGUCUAUGGAAGAACUGUAAUCGUUUAUUGCAAUCUUGUAUAUCCUUGGGGCAUAUGGUGGAAAGAGCAUGGAUUUGGAGUCAUUUUGGUCUGAUUGGUAUGGGGUGGACUUUUUCAGAGAGACCAUGCCACGCAACCGCUUCAGAGAGAUUAUGCGACACCUGCGGCAGGUGCAAACGAAACAAGGCCCAUGAAAACUGUGUGCAGUGCAACCGAUUUGUUUGUGGGGCUUGCUCACACAAAGCCCCAACGCUGACUGUGGACCCAAAGCAUAAAGAGAAGACGAGAUUGAUUCAUGCGUAAAGGCACGAGUAUAAGGGCACAGUAGUGUCCGAGACAAUCAACAAAUGACUGUUUUUAGAUUUCCACAAAUAUUUAUUUAUGCAAUUCAUCCUUUUUAUAAUUGUUCAUGCACUGGUGCUUUUGUUUAGCAAUAAAGCAAAUAAUUUCAUUUGUGCACCUGGCUGGUUAUAUUAUUAUUAUUAUUAUUAUAUUUUUCAAUUCUACUUUGUUAAAAGAAGCUGUAACUGGACGUAAAAAAUUACUAUAACUCUAAUCGAAUCUUCAAAUGAAGUUGAUCAAAUGGAUUACACUGUUUUUAUUGUAAGGGAAACUAAAAUAGGCUAUAGGCCUACUGUUUUUUUCUAGGACUUUGUAGAAUUAUACAAAACACCCUUGACUCUAUCUAAACAAAUAACUAUUGUUACAUAUUUUUUUAUUGAUAUAUUUUCACAAAUAUUUAUUAAUGCAAUUCAUCCUUUACAAUAGUUUAUGCUCUAUUUAUCAAGCGUUGGUGCUUAUGUUAGCUGCACCUUGCGGGUUGAUAUGCAUAUGCUAAAGGAACGCCCGGCAACGUUCUCUAGAGGAUGCUUAUAGGCUGAAAGGACAGACUGGUCUAGUCUUAAGAGACUCCAUAGGUAAGGCUGCCACUCGCAACCCUGUAGUGAUAGUGCAGAGUGGGGGGAACUGGGGAGGGAGGGGGGGAAUGGUUUACAGGGAGGGUGUUAACGGUUAACCGUUAUUCAGUUAGCUGCCGAAAAUACAUUUGACCAGUCAUGCUUAUCGGUCUAUAGGAGACCAUGUAAAGCGCGCCUCCCAUUCGCCAUUCGGGUGUAUAGGCUAAAGCCUGCCUACCGUUGACUAUCAGCGCGUCACCCACCACUUUGCAAUGUGAGCUUGAGGCAGUAUAAUUGUUUGAAACCUGAACGUAUUAUUUGAAGUAAAGUAAAGAGGCAUGUCUUACCUUGCUUCAAAGUAGCCUUGCGAAAAUCCAUCCGUAGAAAUGUGGAGGCAAUUUUAUAAAGACUUCCUCAUGCCAUUAACCAACAUUUCUCUCCUGUUCUGUUGGUUUUCAUAUCCACUUUCUUUCGUUGUCCAGAAGCCAAAGGCACAAUCCUAGUCAUAUUAGCAGCCCAUCAUAGUAGUUGCUAUUAGAUUCCCCCUCUUUCUAAGUUUCUAACAGAGAUUUUCAUCUCUGUCACAUAUGGAACUGCUCGCAUUAGGUGCGCAGUUUAGAACUGUGUUUUCCGCAAAUUGCAUUUGGGCAAAUGUUUGAAAAUUACGUUUUGUGAGCUGCUUCGUUACAGGAGUUGCAUGUUCAAUAAUAGGCUAUAGCCUUUUGACAGUAAGACGAUAGGCUUGCUAUUGUUGCAUGUUUCCAUUAAGCUCUUAAUGAAAAAUGUCAGGUCCUUGUAUGCAUGCAUACUAUCGGGGAGGAAGAGGCGAAGCGAGAGGUUUCACUAUCGCCUAAAUCUGUCCAUAAUAAGUCCAAUGUGUUUCUAUGGGCUUAUUUUGGGCCUAAGCUUGUCACCUGCCUUGGGACGACUCCCAUUUUUAGGGUGGAAACAUAAGCAUCUCGUCAUUAUAUACAGAUCUCUGAUAGUAUUUUCUGUUGGUCACGUCAUUUUACUGUUUGGAAAUUGUUUUACCUUUUGUUGACCGGUUAAUGAGUCAGUCGGCAGCAAAAUGUACAGAAAUGUGCAUCCCAAUCCUUAUUUUUGUUACACAUCCAUGGACUUAUCAACACUAAAGAUAACAAUUAUAUAAUUAAUAUUCUCUCUUGGAAUUUGAAAGGGCUUAAUUGUCCUAUCAAAACGUUCCAGCUGUCUUGAUAUCCUAGCAAGAAACCAUAUUAAUAUAGCAAUGCUCCAAGAAACACACCUGCUCCAAAUGGAUGCACAUAGAAUGCAGAACCAUUUGUACAAACUGGCUGCUUUUUUUAUCAGCCCCAACCAAAACUAAAGGUGUAAUCCAUAAUGAUACAUAAGAAACUCAAUCACCAUCUAGGGUAAAGGCGAAGACCAAGAAGGCAGAAUCACUUUCCUUAAAUGUAUCCAUAAUGGAAAGAAAUUGCUUUUAUUAAUAUGUAUGCUCUAAAUUCAUAUGAUCCUACGUUUUUUUAAAUUCUUUAUACAGAAUAUUGUUAGAAUUAACUGAAUUCCAACUGGUUAUUGGGACAGACAUUAAUGCCAUUUUGGACAUGGGGGACAAGUCUAAUAAGACCAACUACAAUCCACACGGAACCAAGGCUCUUCAACAUGUACUCUCUGAUUGCAACCUCAUUUGAUGCCUGGCGAGCACAUAAUCCAAAAGCAAAAGAGUACACUUUCUACUCAAACAUAUUUAAAACAUUGUUACGAAGCGAUUUUAUAUUAUCUACACCUCUACUUUCAAAAAUUAAGAAAAUAGGAAUUCGACAUAUGAGCUUGUCUGAUCAUCAUGCCUACUACUGCCAACUACACAUUUCAGAAUCUCCUAGAAGAGCCACAAGAUGGAGUUUGAACAUUUCAUUACUACAAAAUCUGACAUUCUGUGAUCGAUUUGAAAUGUAAUUAAAUUAAUUCAUAAUGAUUUAAAAAAAAAAUCGGUCUAACCCUCGGAUUCUAUGGGAUGCCACCAAAGGUUAUAUAAAAAAAUAAUGCAACUGCAUUUGGAUCUGGGUUGAAUAAAUCACAAUUGAAGAAGAUAUCAGAAUUGGAAAUGUUAACUCCGUUGUAGUGUUCUCAACAAACACGUUUUUCAGACCAGGUAGCUAUUACUCUUUCCAAAGUCAAGACGGAACUUAAUUUGUUGAUAAGACAAAGAGCAGAAUUUGCCAUCCAUCGAGUUACUCAACCAACAAGCUACGAAGUAAUUAUCAAUUAGCUGAUAUAGCAACUAUUGAAUCUGAAACAGGAGAAUCACUAUCAGAACCCAAAUUAAUCCAAAUAUUAUUCUGCUUCAAUAAAGAACUGUACACCUCUGAUUGUAAAUCCACAUCAACCCAGACUAAGUCCUUUCUAAAAUUAAUUAAGAACUUAUCUUCUCUCAACAGAGGAAGCAGCCUCGCUGGGAGCCCAAAUCUCUCUCAAUGAACUCAAAAGCAUUGGAUAGCAUGAAUAAAGUCAAAUCAUCUGGAUGGGACGGUAUUCCUCCUGAGGUUUAUUUAAAAUGUUGGAAUCAAUUAGGUCCACUAUUUCUCAAUUAUUAACACAGCCGUUUAGAAAGUUUCAUUUGGGAGAGAUGUAAAUACAGCACUAAUUUCGCUUUUAUUUAAAAAAAAAAAGGUAAGGAUGCCACCCAGUGUUCUCACUAUCGCCCCCUAUCUUUGAUAAACACAGAUAUUAUACUGUUUUCCUAAAUGUUGUUGUCCCGUCUCAAGACUUACUUACCCAAAUUGGUCCACACGGACCAAAGCAGGUUUGUUAAACAUUUAUCCUCUGAUAAUCUGACUUGCAUAUAUUAAAUGCUUUAUCAGAAACAACAGCACCUUAGGCUGUUUUAUCUCUCGAUGCAGAAAAACUUUUUUAGACUAGAAUGUUCAUAUCUCUUGUCUGUCUUGGAACAUAUGGGAAUUUGCUCCAAUUUCAUUAAUAUGAUUAAAAUUCUAUAUGCCAAUCCCUCAGCCAUGGCUAUAACAGGCAAUAUCUGCUCUUCUCUGUUCAGAAUCACUAGAAGCAGCAGACAAGGUGAGAUAUUUUUAUUAUACAUUGAACCCCUGGCCCAGGCAAUUGGUCAAUCAAAGGAAAUAACAUACAUUUCCUUAAUCUACUGAUCACUUCAUCUCAUUACACGCAGACGAUAUUUUACUAUAUCUAGACACUGUAUCUCAAUCACUCCCAAAUGCAUUGAAAAUCAUAGAUAACUUGAGAUGAAGCUAAAUGUAUAAAAUGAAUCUAACUAAAUCAGCCCUACUGCAUCUCUACUUAUGGAAUCCCAAUCAUUUACCAUUUUAAAUAUUUGGGAGUAGAUAUAUUUCCUUCCUUUAGAUUAUACCAUUGCCUGAAACUUUAACACAAUGCUCAAAUCAAUUCGAUCUGACCUCAGUAGAUAGACUAAUAUCCCAGUUGUUUCAAACGGCAGAAUAUCUAUUGUCAAAAUGAAUAUAUUCUAAAGGUGGAAUUUUUGUAGUUCAAUGCUUCAAAUGUCUACCCCUUCUGGCUAUUGGGAUACAGUUCAUACUGUGGUUUCAAAAUUCAUAUGGCAAGGUAAGUGAUCCCGGAUCAAAUUAAACUUACAUAAAAGGAAAGACGUAGGAGGACUCUCCGUACCAAACUUGAAAUUGUAUUUCCAGUACUGCUGGCAGGCAGCUCUGCCGCAAGAAAAUGUGUUGGCUCUUAGAUGGCAAUCCCCCCACUCUCUCCCAAUUCGCUAGUGGAUACAGUUACUAUUAGAAGUGAUAACAUUAGAAUUAUCGACAGCGAGAAUUUAAUGGUGCUAGUCAAGGAACAAUGAAGGCCUGGACAAAUAUACUUGACUCUGUAAAGAAUAAUCUCCACUAAAGCCCAACCCAUACAAAUAAACAAUCUAUAAAGCCCAACAUUUUGUUACGUUACAGCCUUAUUCUAAAAUGGGUUAAAUUAUUUGUUUUCCUCAUCAAUCUAAACACAAUACCCAAUAAUGACAAAGCGAAAACAGGUUUUUAGAAAUGUUUGCAAAUUUAUUAAAAAUAAAACACAGAAAUACCUUAUUUACACAAGUAUUCAGACCCUUUGCUAUGAGACUCGAAACUGAGCUCAGGUGCAUCCUGUUUCCAUUGAUCAUCCUUGAGAUGUUUCUACAACUUGAUUGGAGAAGUUUGGAACCACCAAGACUCUUCCUAGAGCUGGUCGCCCGGCCAAACUGAGCAAUUGGGGGGAAAAGGGCCUGGGUCAAGGAGGUGACCAAGAACCCGAUGGUCACUGACAGAGCUCCAGAGUUCCUCUGUGGAGAUGGGAGAACCUUCCAGAAGGACAACCAUCUAUGCAGCACUCCACCAAUCAGACCGUUAUGGUAGAGUGGCCAGAAGCCACUCCUCAGUAAAAGGCACAUGACAGCCCGCUUGGAGUUUACCAAAAUGCACCUUAAGGACUCUCAGACCAUGAGAAAGAAGAUUCUCUGGUCUGAUGAAACCAAGAUUGAACUCUUUGGCCUGAAUGCCAAGUGUCACGUCUGGAGGAAACCUGGCACCAUCCCUACGGUGAAGCAUGGUGGUGGCAGCAUCAUGCUGUGGAGAUGUUUUUCAGUUGCAGGGACUGGGAGACUAGUCCGGAUCAAGGAAAAAUGAACGGAGCAAAGUACAGAGAGAUCUUUGAAAACCUGCUCCAGAGCGCUCAGGACCUCAGACUGGGACAAAGGUUCACCUUCCGACAGGACAACGACACUAAGCACACAGCCAAGACAACGCAGGAGUGUCUUCGGGAGCCCGAAUUAUUUGCACAAAUUAGCUUUGUCGUUAUGGGGUAUUGUGUAUAGAUUGACGAGGGGGGGAAAAAAGAAUUGAAUCAAUUUUAGAAUAAGUCUGUAACGUAACAAAAUGUGGAAAAAGUAAAGGGGUCUGAAUACUUUCCGAAUGCACUGUGUGUACGUGUACAGUGUUAGUCUUUGGUUUUUCCAUUUAUGUUUUGAGGUUGGACUUUAGCACGUAUAGCUCGUAGGGCGCACCGAUUGGCGUCACCUCGUCAGUCAGUAAGUGUUACUCCUGUGCUGGUUGCCAUCUCGUUAGUGGGAAGGUGUUUCACCUGUGUUGGCCCAGGUGCUAGUUAGGAGUGGCUGGCCCAGUGCUCCAGUUGAGCUUGAGAGAUGUUGGGGAGAGCUACACUUUACAUCAGCUGUGGUGUUAUUUCAAGCUCAACCUAUUGAUGUUGGAAAGAAGCUGAGUUUUGGUGUUUGUUUCCCCUGUUUGUUUUGCUCCAUAUUCCUUUUACUCUAUCCUAAGUUGUUGUGGGUUUUUGUUUUAGUUUGUAUUUUCGGAGGCAAACCUAGUGGGCAUCCAUGGUGGGUGUCUUUAAGAACCCCUUACUUGUGGCUUUACCAACUUUCAGUGGGCACCCACAUGGGUGCCUUUCAGAACCCCUUUUGAACCCCUUUCUGUUUUGUUUGGUUGUCAGUGAUUUUUCUUUUUUAGUUCCCUUUGUUGUGAGCGACAUUUUGAGUUUGUCUUGUGGGAACGUAACACACACACAGUGAGCUCUAAAAGUAUUGGGACACUGACGUUUUUUGUUGUUGUUUUUGGCUCUGUACUCCAGCACUUUGGAUUUGAUACAUGACUUUGGAAUGAUACAAUGACUGAGGUUAAAGUGCAGACUGUCAGCUUUAAUUUCAGGGUAUUUUCAUCCAUAUCGGGUGAAACGUUUAGAAAUUACACAACUUUUUGUACAUAGUCCCCCCAUUUUAGGGGACCAAAAGUAUUGGGAGAAAUUCACUUGUGUGUUAAAGUAGUAAAAAGUUAAGUAUUUGGUCCCAUAUUCGUAGCAUGCUUGUGAUUCUACAUAUUUGUUGGAUGCAUUUGCUGUUUGUUUUGGUUGUGUUUCAGAUUAUUUUGUGCCCAAUAGAAAUUAAUGGUAAAUAAUGUAUUGUGUCAUUUUGGAGUCACUUUUAUUGUUAAUAAGAAUAUAAUAUGUUUCUAAACACUUCUACAUUAAUGUGGAUGCUACCAUGAUUACGGAUAAUCCUGAAUGAAUCGUGACUGAUGAGUGAGAGUUAGACGCACAAAAACAGUAUCAUACCCACAAGACAUGCUAGUUUCUGUAGAGAUAAAUCCGAUCAAGACUGAACUGUGCAAUGUAGUAGGGAGUUGUAGUUUCCAACAGGCCAAUAUUCUACUUAGCUCAUAAAACGUGGUAAUGAACUACAAUGACCAUAAUCCAUUGCGUGCCAUCUUAAACUUGUCCAGUCUGUGCGGAGCAUACACAGAGACUGAGGAGGGAACCGUGAUAUUUUUUAAAAUAGUCUAACCGAAACUGAACCGACCUCAAAAAGCACUAAUCGCCUCAGCACUACUGACAACCAACCUGAGUUGCUAGGCGGGGUGAGAAGGGGUGGUAAACAUGUUUUCCGGAUGCGGGGUGUUGGACGGAGACAUGUUGGGCUAGGGAGAAUUGGAUGGGGAGUUGGAGGUGUAUUAUUACAAAAUCCUGUUUGAUCAAUAUGAUAAUUUAUCUGUGUGUGUUUCUUAUUUUUGUUUGUCUUUUGAGUGGCAGCCAACAGGUACAUGUUAUAUAAACGGAAUAUAUUAAUUGAUAUUGUACCUGUAACCCCCCCCCCAACAAAAAAUGACUAAACAAAUAAAAACUUGGUCUAAAAUAAAUAAUAAAACAAACCUGUCUGCUUGGUGUCUUGUCUGGAUACUUACAUAUGCUACCUAGACAGAGGAAAGAAGAGGGGAUGUAUUGUAUAGACAGGUGUAGUGUAGCUGUCUAAGCUGCAGCCUCUGUGCUUAAACGCAUGUCUACAGUGUUGGCAUGGGUUGGAAUCCGGCCUACUGCCCUAUGAUACAACCCCUCUCCACCCUUCCCCACUGUCAUCCUCUCCCUAUCUGCUCAAAAAUAUUUAGAAAAGAAAAGACGGGAGGACAGAGGAAAGUUGAGUAGAAACCGAGAGCAGAGGUGGAUACUGGACAGAGAGUGAAACAACGAGGGAGGGGAGGGAAAAUAUGCAUAAAGACAGGAGAUAGCGAGAAAUCGGGGAGAGAUGAACAAAGGUUGAAACUAGGACAUGGAAGGAGAGGGAUGGACAGAGGGUUUGAAAGAAGAGGGAGCGAUAGAGCCACUCGUAAACGAGGCUCAGCUGCUGUGGGACAGGAGGAGGAGCGGCAAAAGAUCAGUGUCUGGGAUGUUCUAUAUCCCAGUCAUGUCCCCCAGUUAGCAGCAUUGUCAUUAACACAAUUGUAUCCUAUAUCAUUGCCCUUGUGCCAAGUUUACUACACACACACACACCCCGGUAUUCAAGUUUCUGUCGUAAAACAUAUUCCUCUGAAAUGUAAUUCCACCCCCCUCUGCAGGUCUGUAGGGAUGCAGUGUUCUUUUCAGAGGUUGAACGACCAACGUCACUAUGAUACGUGAGAAGGCAUCUGUACAUUUUGUUUGGUUUAACAGGAACUGAGCUGUUAAUAAGAGUCCUAUUAAAUUAAUCCUCAUAUCCUCACUUUGGUAAACAUCUCCCAAUGGCAACUAUUCUAAGGAGCUGUGUGUGUAUAACAGUUUCCAUUCCAUUUAGUUUUUCUAUUACACAUGACCUUGAAAUCAGAAGCGGGAAGGUUCUUACGCCCUUUAGCAGAUUGCCCCUUAGAGUAUCCGUUUCUGUAUUUCAAAACAUUCUGAAAUGCCUCUUCACAACCUGUUAAUAUGCCAUUUAGCAGACUAUUUUAUCCAAAGCAAUUUAUAUAACUUAUGUAAGCAUAUACAUCUAUGUGUUUGUGAUGAUCUCUGCCGGAAUUGUACCCACGACCUUGGUGUUGCUAGCACCACAGUCUUACACACGGAGCCACACAGGACCAUAAUCACUUUACCCCCUCUGGUUCCCUCCUCCAGAUGCUAUCAGAGAAGCUGGUGCGCAGGGAGAAGGAGUUUCAGGAGCUGGAGGAGGGCCUGAGGGCUGAGCAGGUCUCCAAGAAGACAGCCCAGGCCAGCCUGCACCAGAAGGAGCUGGAGGUGCAAGAGCUCCAGGCCCGGGCGGCGGCUGCCGAGGCCAGCCUGCAGAAAGCCCAGGCAGAGCUGGGGGAGCUGGGGGACCAAGCCGGGAGGCUUCGAAGGGAGGUGGCUGAGCUGGAGGCCAAGCACAGGGAGGUGAAGAUGGAGAGGAAGCAGCUGCAGCAGCAGAGGGAGGAGAGGGAGAGCCAGGGCCUGGUGCAGCAGAGUGAGAUCAGCCAGGUUAGUGAGUAACACAUGCACACGGUCAGACACCAAUAACUUACGUGUCAGACUCUCACACAUACAUAUAAACAUACACAGACACCAGUGAGACACACGCGCACAGGCAAACACGUGCACACACACAGGUCAGACGCACACAAGUCUUUGCUCAUUAAUGAUACUGUAUAUUAGGUAUAAGCCUCCCUCUCUUCCUCCCCUCCUCCUCUGUGUUGUAGCUGCAUGCUAAGCUGCUGGAGGCGGAGCGCCAGCUGGGGGAGGUGCAGGGCCGUCUGAAGGAGCAGAGGCAGCUCUCUGGGGAGAAACUGAAGGACCGCGAGCAGCAAGCCGCCGACCUGCAGAUCAAACUGUCCCGCUCAGAGGAACAGGUAGGGACACCACGAGUUCCAUAAAAGAUGGGUAUAGACAUAGACAUAGAAUUACUAGAACAGACAUUCCCAUUUAAAGGGAUACUUCGGGAUUUUGGCAAUGAUCCCCAGAGGCAGGUGGAUACCAUUUUUAUGUCUCUGUGUCCAGUAUGAAGGAAGUUAGAGAGUGUUUCGUGCGCCAAUGUUAACUAGCGUUAGCACAAUCACUGGAAGUCUAUGGGUAUCUCCUAGCACAUGCUAGCAGAUACCUAUAGACUUCCAGUCAUUGCGCUAACGCUAGUUAGCAAAUGUCUUCAAUCUGCAUGCAGAGACAUAAAAAUGGUAUCCACAAGUUCAUCGGAGUAGAUAAAGGGCCUCAUUGCCAAAAUCCUGAAGUGUCCCUUUAAGUCCAUGUUCCCUGAUGGGUGGACCAGCUGUGAUAUCGACCAUGUAUUUUUAUGGGAGCAGUAGAGUUGAACAGAGACCGAUACUGUUAUAUGUUGCACAAGGUCCUUUAUAGAUUGGCCUGCCUAGUAGAAUUGUCUCUCUAUAGGUGGGGGUUCGGAAUGAGGCCAUAAACAGAGGUACUGUAUUGGGGUUGACCUCUGUAUGCGUGUCCUGCUGUAGUUGAAGGAGAACAGCAGUAAGACGUUGGACCUGCAGCACCAGCUGGAGAAAGCUAAGCAGCAACACCAGGAGCUCCAGGGCCUGCUGCAGAACACCAACACCAAGCUGCGAGAGGCACAGGUACUACCGGACAACGUAGCAGUUAAAGAAAAGUAUUUUGUCAGUACAACUCACCUCUUUCACUGUGUGUGUAUAGUAGAACCUAUGUGAAGUGAUGCUCAGCACCAGAAAACCCACCACACAUUAGUACAAGGUCGUAUUUACUAGGGCACACCUUAGCAAAACAGAAAACAACAUUUGUUAUUGGACAAGACCAUGUCGUCCCACCCCGUUUCAGUCCAUUUCUUUUCCUGUCUGAUGUCUAAUGAACAGGACCCAGGACUUCUGCUUAGAAAGUGCUUCAGACAGCACGUUUGUUUGACUCUUCUCCCUCUGCCGCUUUGUCCCUGUCAUGUUAGAAUGACCUGGAGCAGGUGCUGCGUCAGAUUGGGGACAAGGACCAGAAGAUCCAGAACCUGGAUGCCCUGCUGCAGAAGAGCAAGGACAGUGUGAGCCAGCUGGAGGCCGAGAGGGAGGACCUGGUGGCCAAAAUCCAGGCUGGGGAGGGAGAGGCGGCCGUGCUCAACCAGCUACAGGAGAAGAACCACACACUACAGACGCAGGUAGGGCUGGGCGGUAAACCGUAUUUUACUAUAUACGGUAUUGAUGCACGGACCGGUUUGGAUAUUUACUUUACCUUACAUAACGGUAUUACAAUGUUUGGUUUGUUAAAUGUAAUAUACAUGUAAAAACUGAGUGAUAAAAAGGGUGGCAAUCGUCCGUUCUUACCGCCAGUAAAAAACGAACAGUUGAACUGCUAAUUUGCUAGCAAGAGCUUUUUCUCAUGAAUAGGGCCUGUGAGGCAGCACUAGUGCCGAAUGUGCGCACAUGCACUUUUUUUUGCCAUGAAUCUUGCCUGUGAGGCAGUUCUGGUGCCAAAAGCACCCUAGAAAUCGGCACAAUGCCCCUUGUGGCGAAAGUAAGAACUGACAUUGAAUCUAUUGAAAAUACUUUGUCAAAGAGAAGAAUAAUUAUUCUGAUAAAGGAAAAGUGACUUUUUUUUUUUUUUUUUUUACAAAAUAGAGGCAUACAAAGACAAAACAAGUGUGGUACAGUGUGGAAAUGAUAACAAAUUAGUGAAGGAAUGCAGAAAUUGAUGAAAAUGCUGAAAAUUAUUUUGGGUUGUAGUUUGAACAAUCUAAAACAAUCAGAAAAGAGAAGGCCCCAUUUAAAACCACUUAGAAUGUAUUUGUUGCCAACCUAGGGUAAUGCACUACUCAUAAAGCAUAUUUAGAACUUGUAUUAUUCAAAAACAUAAAAUAACGUAAUUCCGUAAAAAAAUUGAAAAAUAUUGGGAUUAUAUCGCCCAGCCCUAGACGCAGGUAGGAGCAAGACCACACACACGUGCAUGCACAUACAGACGUAUACAAACACAUAAUACAGAGGGCACACGUAGUGCGGUACAAUGAUCCGUAGAUGUGUGUUAUUCAAUUAAUGUGCAUAGGUGUAAAUUCAUCCAGUGUAGAUACGUAUAGAUUGCAUUUGGAUUACUGUUGCAGUGCUUUUAUGGGUUGGUAAUUGGAUUUGUUCCGACAUUUCUUAAUUUCUUUCUAUUUACUUUUUGGAUUCUGUGUGUAUUUUUUUGUAUUGCAAGGUGUUACUGCACUGUUGGAGCUAGAAACACAAGCAUUUCACUGCACCUGCGAUAACAUCUGCAAAUCUGUGUAUGCAACCAAUAAACUUUGAUUUGCUUUGAUGUAGUUCAAAGAACACUACUGACGUGAUACAAUGUACCACAGUAAAAACAUACAGUAGCCUAAUCAUUGUCUGAAAAACAACUCAUUGUCUCUCUCUUUCUGUUUUGGGAGCUAUAGGUCACACACCUGACAGACAAACUGAAGAACCAAUCGGAGAGCCACAAGCAGGCCCAGGACAACCUCCACAAGCAGUUGCAGGAGCAGAAGACCCUCCUGCGGGCGGCACAGGACCAAGCCCAGGCUGUGGAGACCUCUCUAAAGGAACUGAACGCCCAGCUGACCGAAAGCAGGGAGAAGGUGGCCCAACUGGACACACAGGUAGGGUGAAUGGACUUAUGGCUGGAUAAAUAUUCUACCUCCCCCUUUACCCUUGACUGGAGAGAGGGACAUACAAAUAGGAGCACAGGCAGAUUGUGGCCGAGCUGGGGGUCGAACCCCCGUCGCCAGACGGGCAUGUGAAGAGUGUUAACCACUCAACCAGAUUCCAGCACUGAAAAGUUGUCUUGUUGUUUCCCCAGUUGAAGGCUAAGACAGAGAUGCUGCUGUCGGCCGAGGCAGCCAAGGCAGCCCAGAGAGUAGACCUGGAGAACCACCUGGAGACGGCCCAGCAUGCACUGCAGGACAAGCAGCAGGUCAGCCAUAGUUUCUAUUUCUGUUCUAUGUCUGAGGUCAGCUCACUCAUAGUACUGCAGGCUAAGAUGGAUGACGUCAGCAGAAUAGGCUCAUACUAGAUGAAAAUCUGAUCUACCAGAAUACUCCUUCAAUGGAGACCCGUCUCUUGACAUAAUAUCACUGAUUGAUUUCUUUUCUCAAAUGAACCUGAGUCUGUGAGACAAUGUGUCCUAGCUGAGGGCUAGGCCCCAUUCCAAUUCUUUAAAAGUGCAUCCUUCCGGGGGCUUCACGAGUGGCGCAGUGAUCUAAGGCACUGCAUCGCAGUGCUUGAGGCGUCACUGCAGACCUGGGUUCGAUCCCGGGCUAUGUCGCAGCCGGCCACGACCGGGAGACCCAUGAGGCGGCGCACAAUUGGCCCAGCUUCGCCCGGGUUAGGGGAGGGUUUGGCCGGCCGGGAUGUCCUUGUCCCAUCGCGCUCUAGCGACUCCUGUGGCGGGCUGGGUACAUGCACACUGACACAGUUGUACUGUGUUUUCUCCGACACAUUGGUGCGGCUGGCUUCCGGGUUAAGCAGUGUGUCAAGAAGCAGUGCGGCUUGGCAGGGUCGUGUUUCGGAGGACGCAUGGCUCUCAACCAUCGCCUCUCCCGAGUCCGUACGGGAGUUGCAGCGAUGGGACAAGACUGUAACUACCAGUUGGAUACCACGAAAUUGGGGAGGAAAAGGGCAUCUUUCCUUCCUUGAAGUAAUCACUGAUUAGACAGGACAGGGGAAAGUAAUGUGGUGGAGCCCUUGUGUUCUCUUGUCCAAUCAUGUCUAGUCAAUGAUUACUUCAAGGAAAGAAGGAUGCACUUUUAGAGAAUUUGAAUGGGGCCUUAGUAACACCUCAUCUCUCCUGUCCUUAUAGGAGCUGAGUAAGAGCCAGGCGUGUGGGGAGGAGCAGGGCCGGAGGCUGCAGGAGAGACAGGAGCAGUGUGGCCAGCUGGAUGCCAGUCUGAAAGAGGUCAAAGACAAACUACUGAUCUCAGAACAGCGCGUAGAGCAGCUGGAGGUGCGGGCCAAGGUAAGUUAAAUGCACGCAUUCACACACACAAGAUUUGUGUUUAUUACGAUAUGAAGGGGGUUUAGCGCAUACACACAUCUUGCUAUCAGGGUUGCAGUAGACAGUCACUGUGAGGUCACUGAAAUGGCUGUGUGUGUGUGUUCUCUGUGCCUGUGACAGAAAGCGGAGGCGGAGGGGGUGGAGAUGCGUGCUGCCAGGGAGCAGGCCCAGCAGGAAGUGCAGAAGCUCCAGAAGCAGGGGUCAGAAGUCAAGGGAAAGCUGAAGGAGCUGUGUUGCCAAUUGGAGACUGAGAAGGCUGGGUGAGAACUUACUGCAGCUUCUUUAUGCUGUCACAGUCAGCUUACCAUGCCAAUGGACACGACAGGGUCAAAGUUCAACAUACAGUGCAUUCGGAAAGAAUUCAGACCCCUUGAUUCUUCCCACAUUUUGUUACGUUACAGCCUUAUUCUAAACUGGAUUUUUUUUAAAUCCUCAUCUAUCUACACGCAAUGACAAAGCGAAAACAGGUUUUUAGAAAUGUUAGCUAAUUUAAUAAAAAAUUAAAAAUAAACCUUAUUUACAUAAGUAUUCAGACCCUUUGCUAUGAGACUCGAAAUUGAGCUCAGGUGCAUCCUGUUUCAAUUGAUCAUCCUUGAGAUGUUUCUACAACUUGAUUGGAGUCCACCUGUAGUCAAUUCAAUUGAUUGGACAUGAUUUGGAAAGGCACACACCUGUAGGUAGGUGACCAAGAACCCAAUGGUCACUCUGACAGAGCUCCAGAAUUCCUCUGUGGAGAUGGGAGAACCUUCCAGAAGGAAAACCAUCUCUGCAGCACUCCACCAAUCAGGCCUUAAUGGUAGAGUUGCCAGACGGAAGCCACUCCUCAGUAAAGGGCACAUGACAGCACACUUGGAGUUUGCCAAAAGUCACCUAAAGGACUCUGACCAUGAGAAACAAGAUUUUCUGGUCUGAUGAAAUCAAGAUUGAACUCUUUGGCCUGAAUGCCAAGCGUCACGUCUGGAGGAAACCUUGCACCAUCCCUACGGUGAAGCAUGGUGGUGGCAGCAUCAUGCUGUGGGGAUGUUUUUCAGCGGCAGGGACUGGGAGUCUAGUCAGGAUCAAGGGAAAGAUGAACGGAGCAAAGUACAGAGAGAUCCUUGAUGAAAACCUGCUCAGGACCUGAGACUGGGGUGAAGGUUCACCUUCCAACAAGACAACAACCCUAAGCACACAGCCAAGACAACGCAGGAGUGGCUUCGGGAACAGUCUCUGAAUGUCCUUGAGUGGCCCAGCCAGAGCCUGGACUUGAACCUGAUCAAACAUGUCUGGAGAGACCUGAAAAUAGCUGUGCAGCAACGCUCCUCAUCCAACCUGACAGAGCUUGAGAGGAUCUGCAGAGAAGAAUGGGAGAAACUCCCCAAACACAGGUGUGCCAAGCUAGUAGCGUCAUACCCAAGAAGACUCAUGGCUGUAAUCGCUGCCAAUGGUGCUUCAACAAAGUACUGAGUAAAGGUUCUGAAUACUUAUGUAAAUGUGAUAUUUCAGUUUUCUUUUUUCAUACAUUUGCUAACAUUUCUAAAAACCUGUUUUUGCUUUGUCAUUAUGGGGUGUUGUGUGUAGAUUGAUGAGGGAAAAAAACAAUUUAAUCAAUUUUAGAAUAAGGCUGUAAGGUAACAAAAUGUGGAAAAAGUCAAGGGGCCUGAAUACUUUUCGAAUGCACUGUAUCAUCUCCCUACGACAGGGAAAAUGACUGUUGCAGCAACCGUCUACAGACAGUCCACCUGAGAAUAAAUUAAAUGUGGUUCUGGCCAUCCACUUUCCUUGUUGUUAGUCAUUGAUCCACAUCCAGUACUCUUUGUGACCGGUCUCUGCAUCUUUCCAUGGUUCUUUCAGGGCUGUUGCGUUACAGGAGGAGCUGAAGAGAAAAACCUCCUCCCUGAGUGACACGCGACAGCAGCUGGAGCAAUGUGAGCAGGAGAAGACCUCCCUCCAGGCCAACUUGGAAAAGCUAGCCCAGGAGGGGCAGGCGCAGCAGGCAGAGCUGGACAGGAAAGCCCAGGGCUUGGCCAGGGAGCUCCAGAAGGCCCAGCAGGAGAAGGAGGCCCAGGGGAAGGAGCUGUUGGUGGUCAAGGAUGGCCUGGCUAAGGCCUCCAAAGCCAUCAAGGACAGCCAGAGCCAGCUGGACAAGGAGAGGAAGAGCAGCAAGGCAGUUAUGGAGGAGAGGGUGGGUUUAAUGUGUUGUGGCGUGGUUGACCUCCAUGUGGAAGGCACAGACAGCAACGUGAAGGAGUCAGGAAGCUCCUUGGGCCCAUAUUCAUAAAGUGUUACAGUGGGAAUGCUAAUAUACUGUAGGAUCAGUUUUGCCUUUUAGAUCAUAAUGAAUAAGAUUACAUUGACGGGUGGACCGGAUCCUGGAUCCGCACUCCUACUCUUUAUGUAUAGGGGCCCUGCUCUUCUAGAAUUGUAUUUGUCAGUGUUAUCACCAGAAGUCUCUUAGACUCUAGGUCAAAUCCAACAUAAAUAUAUCUGUGUUAAUAUGAAAAUGUUUUCUUGUUUUAGGAGAAGUCCCAUGAGAAGGCCAGACAGGAUCUGCUGAAGGCCACAGAGGCCACCACCAAGGAGAUGGCAGAGGUCAAAGGGCAGUUGGACAAGAUCAUAGAGGUAAGCAACCCAUAGACAUGAAUACAUGGUCCCAUUCAUUAGGCAGCAAAUGGAAGAAAACUGACUGACAACACUCAUCUUCGUUUUAGUUGCAAAAUGUUUUGCUAUGGUGUGCCCUAAUGAACACGACCCAGAUACCGAUUGUCCAUGCCCUCACAAUGGGUUCUAUUUUGUGUCUGCCUUUGUAGGCAGAAAAAGGGCUGAAGAUGCAGCUGACAGCAUUAACAGAGCAGCACACCAAGACCCAGGAGACCCUGAAAGAGAAGGAGAAGGGGGUGCAGCAGCUGCAGGCACAGCUGAAGACAGCCCAGGGGUCCUUCAGCCAGGAAAAGAAGAAGCUGGAGAGCCAAGUGACCGAGCUGCAAGGAGCACAUGCCAAGAAGGUAAGAUGACAUACAUACACACACACACACACACACUUAAUUCUAUGUAUCUCCAUGUUUUGGACUAAAUGUGUGUGUUCCAGGCUGAGGAGGAGGGUCGUCUGAGGGAGCAGGUGUCAGGCCUCGGCCAGGAUUUGAGCUCUGAGAGGACCAGGACCACUGAGCUACAGAAGGUUCUAGAGCAGAGUCAAGAAGGCCUGGCCAAGCUGCAGUCUGACUACUACGGCAAGGAGUCAGAGUUGUCAUCUCUCAGACAGGACCUCAAGGUGGGUGGGAGACCAUGCAGGCAUAGAAAUAGAAUUACUAGAACGGGCAUCCACAUUCAAUUAUAUUUCAAUGGAUGGAGGUCAGGGUCAGUGGGAGUUACACAGGAAGAAUCAUUGUGUGAGAAGAAGAAUCGUUGUGUGAGAGGAGAAUAUAUGUGAGAAGACAAAGGUAGUUAUGAGGAAUCAAUGGAGAUACCAGAGACCGUGUCAGACCGCAUGUACAUAUUGAUCAUCAUCUGACACAAGUGUCUGCCUAACGGUCUACCAGGACAAGGUUGUAACCCGUGCCUGUUUGCUGUGUGUAUGAACCGUGUACUGUAUAUGACCCAUGCCUGUGUGUACUCUCUGUUCAGGCGUCUGAGGAGAGGCUGACCCUGUUCCAGGAGGAGUUGGCUGCUAACCGGACCCAGCUGACUGGUCUAGAGGGGCAGGUCCAGGAGGUAAAGGCUGCCAGGGCCUCCCUGGAGCAGGAGCUGGCUAAACGGGAUCAGAGGCUUGGCCAGCAGGAGACAGCCCUCAAAGAGUUGCAGAAACAACAGGUUGGUUGAUUGAUUUUAUUUGCACACAGUACAUACAGACCCAGGGUCCUGUUCAAAAGCAACUGAGUUCCCUGUCCAUAUAAUCAUAUUCGUUAUGAGAGCCAGGAGGGAAGACUUAUUGUCUCACUCGGGGGUAUCCCAUUUUGUUUUGUGUAAUGAAUCUCUUGCUAUAAUUGUUGAACAUCUAAUUCCAACCCAUAGUCAGACCUAGGGUUGCAAAGCUACCGGUAAUUUACCAAGUUACUGAAAUCUUCAGUCAUUUUGGUCAUUAACAGAAACUACGUCAAUCUAUCAUAAUUUUGGUAAUUUAUACUUUUUAAAAGUUAUUCAUAUAUAGUAUUCCUUUUUUAUAUCUGUGUCCGUAUUGUCCAUGAGUUUCUAGUGGAUAGACCAUAUGGUUCAAGAGAAAACAGCCUAAUCAAUGAAAAAAGCAUCUAAUCAACAAUUACCAUAUUUUCAAUUACCUCUGUAACUUGCCACCAGUUUGACACCAAGACAUUGACAACAAAUACAUAUUGACAAAUAAGUGUGUAAAAAAUAAUAUAAAGGAUAUCUCAUGCUUAAACCCUCAUUAAACACCAAUGGUAUUCUCUAAAUUGAUGGAUUAUACUGUAUAUAAGAUCAUGUUUUACAGCUUUGUCAUUCCAUUUUUUAUUUUAAAAUCAUCUUAUUUAAUUAUUUCAGAUAUUUUGUGGUAAGGCCAAAAGAUGAUUAGACACCUGUGAUAAUCUGAAGUACCCAAAAGGGCCACUAGAUGUCUUGUGACAGAUUACACAAAAUCCUUGAAAGAUACCAACAUUCUGGUAGUUUACUGGUAAACUUAGAAACUUUUCAGUAAUAUUCCCUCCCUUUGCAAUCCUAGUCAGAGCGUCGUGUUUUGGGGACUUUGAUCAAUCUCUGAUGCCAUCUCUUACCCCCUCCCCUCCCCCACCUAGGGUGUGACCCAGGGGGAGCUGCAGAAGGAGAGGGGCAGAGCGGAGGAGCUGAGCCAGACUAAGGCUGUCCUGGAGAAGGACACGACCAGACUGGGCUCUGAGCUGAAGUCACUCAGGGAGAGGAGUGACAAGGUGAGGCCCUCCUUAGGCUGAUGCAUUUAAUAAUCCCCUAUUUUGAUUCACGAGUGGUCCUCGAUCUAGGAUCAUUUUACAGGUCACAGGGAUAGUCACUCCAUUGAGUGGAAGGGGGAGGGGUUGAUUCUGAAUUGAGCCAACUGAAUCCCAUAUCAGCCCCUAUCCUCUAGGUACUCCUGUAGAUCUGAGAUUAUUGGAUAGGUAUUAGCAAAAUGUCCUCAGAGGUCAGAUGGAAUUGUGGCUAAGAUGGAACUGCUAUCAUAUUGCUUACACCAGUGGUUCCCAACCAGGGGUACUUGGCCUAUCCAUAGGGGGUACUCAUGAGACCAUAGGUCUACUAGUAAAAUGCACAUCAGUGGGUACUUCAGGGGUACUCCUGGCAGAGCAAAAUUCAGUUGUUGGUACAGUAACCAAAAAAGAUUUGGAACCUCUGGCUUACACCUAUCCAUUUCCCCCCUCCUCAUUCCCCUCUUCUUCACCCCUCUCCCCCCAGGAGUUGAGGGAGCUGCGGGAAUCCAAGCAACUGUUGAUCCAGCAGAAGCUGGAGACGCAGGGCCGGGUGGAGGAGGUGCAGGCAGCCCUGGAGCAGGAGAAGACCCAGCACCAGGCCACCAGAGACAGUGUUACCCAGAAAGAGGAGAAGCUACGGGCAGAGACCCAGGAGGUCCAGGCCCAGCUGGUACGCUUAGUCGUUCACCUACCCAAUAAUGCUCCAGAUGGCAUCAACACUUAAAGGAGCUACAGUGCAGUCGGAAAGUAUUCAGACACCUUAAAUAGUUUUUCCCCCUCAUCAAUCUACACACAAUACCCCAUAAUGACAAAGCAAAAACAGGUUUUUAGAAAUGUUUGCAAUUUUUUAAUUAAAUGAAAUAUCACAUUUACAUAAGUAUUCAGACCCUUUACGCAGUACUUUUUGGAAGCGAUUAUAGCCUCUAGUCUUCUUGGGUAUGACGCUACAAGCUUGGCACACCUGUAUUUGGGGAGUUUCUCCCAUUCUUCUCUGCAGAUCCUCUCAAGCUCUGUCAGGUUGGAUGGGGAGCGUUGCUACACAGCUAUUUUCAGGUCUCUCCAGAGAUGUUCGAUCGGGUUCAAGUCUGGGCUCUGGCUGGGCCACUCAAGGACAUUCAGAGACUUGUCCCGAAGCCACUCCUGCGUUGUCUUGGCUGUGUGCUUAUGGUCGUUGUCCUGUUGGAAGGUGAACCUUCGCCCCAGUCUCAGGUCCUGAGCGCUCUGGAGCAGGUUUUCAUCAAGGAUCUCUGUACUUUGAUCCGUUCAUCUUUCCCUCAAUCCUGACUAGUCUCCCAGUCCCUGCCGCUGAAAAACAUCCCCACAGCAUGAUGCUGCCACCACCAUGCUUCACCGUAGGGAUGGUGCCAGGUUUCCUCCAGACAUGACGCUUGUCAUUUUAGGCCAAAGAGUUCAAUCUUGGUUUCAUCAGACCAGAGAAUCUUGUUUCUCAUGGUCUGAGAGUCCUUUAGGUGCCUUUUGCCAAACUCCAAGCGGGCUGUCAUGUGCCUUUUUAAUGAGGGGUAGUUUUCGUCUGGCCACUCUACCAAUAAUGGCCUGAUUGGUGGAGUGCUACAGAGAUGGUUGUCCUUCUGGAAGGUUCUCCCAUCUCCACAGAGGAACUCUGGAGCUCUGUUAGUGACCAUCGGGUUCUUGGUCACCUCCCUGACCAAGGCCUUUCUCCUCAGAUUGCUAAGUUUGGCCGGGCGGCCAGCUCUAGGAAGAGUCUUGGUGGUUCCAAACUUCUUCAAUUUAACCAUGAUGGAGGCCACUGUGUUCUUGGGGACCUUCAAUGCUCCAGACAUUUUUUGGUACCCUUCCCCAGAUCUGUGCCUCGACACAACCCUGUCUCGGAGCUCUACGGACAAUUCCUUCGACCUCAUGGCUUGGAUUUUGCUCUGACAUGCACUGUCUACUGUGGGACCUUAUGUAGACAGCUGGGUGCCUUUCCAGAUCAUGUCCAAUCAAUUGAAUUUACCACAGGUGGACUCCAAUCAAGUUGUAGAAACAUCUCAAGGAUGAUCAAUGGAAACAGGAUGCACCUGAGCUCAAUUUCGAGUCUCAUAGCAAAGGGUCUGAAUACUUACGUUUAAUAAGGUAUUUCUGUUUUCAAAAAUGUCUAAACCUGUUUUUGCUUUGUCAUUAUGGGGUAUUGUGUGUAGAUUGAUGAGCAAAACAUUUAAUUGAAUCCAUUUUAGAAUAAGGCUGUAAUGUAACAAAAUUUGGAAAAAGUGAAGGGGUCUGAAUACUUUCCGAAUGCACUGAGAUGUUUGGCAUUUUAAUGCUAUUUGCUGGUGGAAAUGUAUCAUAUGUACAGUAGCUCUCUUAACAGAAAACACACACACAAAAGCACCUAGUGCUUUUACAUGCUGUGUUUUGUAGACAAGCAAUGUUUUUGUCACUUGCUGUGUUUCACUGUGUGGUGGUGUCUUUUAGGUAUCGUCACUCAGAUGUGUUGUAGACCUCCUGUAGGUGUGUGGCUUUUCUCUUCAAAACUUCUAAAUACCCUGUUAUCUUUCCCUCUCCCCCUUCUUCCUCCCCCCUCCCCAGGCGUCAGAGCGUAAUGCUCGGGAGGGGCAGGCGAAGCGGGGAGAGGAGGCGGAGGCGCGGCUGGGCCUGCAGGUGACGGCGCUCAACGAGAACGUGGCCACGCUGAAGAGGGAGUGGCAGGGGAGCCAGCGGCACUGCGUCGAACUGGAGAAGCAGACCGACGAACUGCGGGGCGAGAUCGCCGUGCUGGAGGCCACUGUGCAGAACAACCAGGAUGAGAGGCGUGUGCUGCUGGAGAGGUGAGAGAGAGGAGUGGGUGUGAAGUUGUCUCCAGAAUUACCAUGUGACGUGUUUAUACCAGAAACGACCUUAUAGCAAAAAUCGCCUAGAUCUACCCUAGUGGGUGUCUUCGAAACAAAAGGGCAGGUUGGCUGUUAGCCUAUCCAGCAAGGUGUCAAAGCUAACUGAUUACCGGUAGUUUGACUGCUAGAAUUUGUACCCGUUAUAACCGCCCUGUAAUGCAGCAGAAGUUGCUUUGGAGGUGAUUAGUGCUUUGAUUUGUAUUUUUUCCCCCUUUAACUCUCUCUCUCCCUCUUUCCUCUUUUUCUCUCCUCCUAUUGUAGCUUUUAGCCUUCAACCAUUUUGACUGUGUUAUGGCUGUGUUUCAGGUGUGUGAAUGGUGAGGGGGAGAUGGAGAAACUGCAGGCCAAGGUAGUGGAGAUGAGGAGGAAACUGGAUGAUACGACAGCCGCCAUGCAAGAGCUGGGCAGAGAGAACCAGUCACUACAGGUAACAAUACACGAUACAUAACACUAUGUUAGACACAUGUAUUAUGACGUCAGCUGCAACAUUCUAUAUAAUAAUAUAAUAAUAAUAAUAUGCCAUUUAGCAGACGCUUUUAUCCAAAGCUACUUACAGUCAUGCGUGCAUACAUUUUUUUUUUUUGUGUAUGGGUGGUCCCGGGGAUCGAACCCACUACCUUGGCGUUACAAGCGCCGUGCUCUACCAGCUGAGCUACAGAGGACCAGCUGAGCUGUAGCUGAACUAGACAAUAAACACACACACAUACACCAGUCUACAUGUAUUAGGACUUCAGAUGCAUCGUUUUAUAUGACCUGUAGCUGAACUCAGUCAUUAUUAAGUACAAUACAGAGUCCACAUCCAUGGAGCCCGACAGUCCGACGACCCAUUAUUACAUAAUUGUAUUAAUCUCAUUUAAUAGGCUGCUAUCGAGUCGUGGACUUACUGUAUGUCACAAUAGACCGCGCCGCUCUGCAGCUUCGAACACUGUAGGAUACGUUCGAUGAAUAGUUUGUCAAUAGAGCUGUGUGUGUUGGAGUGUGCAUGCGUGUUAGUGGAGCUGGUUUUCAUGCUGUGUGUAUGCAUGUGCUCUAACCCCUCUCCUUGUCCCUGUCUGUAGAUAAAGCAGUCACAGUCUCUGACCAGGAAGUGGGCGGAGGACCACGAGGUACAGAACUGCAUGGACUGUGGGAAGGGCUUCUCUCUCGCCAUUAGGAAGGUGAGUUGUAUUACACGUCGGUCUGUUCAUCUGGGUUGUGUUCAUUAGGGCAAAUAUUUUGCAACAACAAAUGAAUGUUUCUUAUUGGACAAGUCCAGGUAGUCCCUCCCUGUUUCAGUCGGUUUUAUUUUGUUUGCUGCCUCACGAACACGACCAUGGUAAACGUUGGAGGAGCCACAAAGGUUAACUAACAAAAACUUUUUUUUGUUUUUUUCUAAACUGCUGUGCAGAGCCGUGGUUGAAUGAUAACGCUCCCGAAACGUGUCCAUGUACAAAUCUCCCCACCAGAGAGCAGUGUUCAAUCCACCUGUCCACCCUUCCCACUAUUUCUCCCAGUUGCCUGUAACCCAUUUUGAUUUCCAAACUCUCUCUCAAAGUGAAAAUACCCUAAAAAUACAUAUAGAACAAAAGAGUAGUCAGCAUAACCUAACUGCCCAUCCUGCUAACUGACUCUCUCUCUACUCCCCCCCCCGCGCAGCACCACUGCAGACACUGUGGCAACAUCUUCUGUGCAGAGUGCUCCGCCAAGAACGCCCUCAUACCCUCCUCCAAGAAGCCUGUGCGGGUUUGUGAGACAUGCUUUGAGGAUCUCCAGGGCUGA